AUGUGUCUCUACCGCAUCUAUUGGAGUUUAGAAGUUCUGAUGGAAAAACAGCAAAUGAUCGAGCUAUUUGCCGACACCCACCAGCAUCUGUUAGAAGAUAGCGUGAAGUGGAUUAAGGAUGCAGCGACUGCUUCCAUGCUUGUCUCCACCCUUAUUGCCACCAUGAACUUCACUGCUGCAUUUGCUAUUCCAGGAGAUUAUAACCAAAAUUCUCGUCUCCCUAUUUUCACCGGCAAAGCAAAAGAUCUUCCAACUUUGUAUGCCUAUUCUACAACAGCAUUGUUUUUCUGCGUUGGAACACUUGGCACUUCUCUAUCCGCUUACUUGUCUCGCUUCCCUGUGAAAGAUUUUUACUUCUUCUUACCACUCAAAUACCUAGUUUCAGGUAGCUCCCUCUUUUGCUCUGCAAUCUACACAGUUACAACAUUUGUGCAAGCUCUCAUACUUGCAACAAAUGCAGAAUUUACAAUUGUGCAAGGGUUCUUAGUACUUCUCCCCACCAUAAUCGCUAUAAUUUCGUGUAACUUUAUAUAUGUUGAUGUAAUGUUCCCGGUCUUUCGUUACAUUGUAGAUUUACUUUUCUACUGA